AAAAAACACCCAAACAAUUCGGCUAAAACCUCCUGACCCGGAAGUAGUCGAGCCAUCACAUCUCACACGUGAAAAGAAGAAACACCGUAGUUGACAACAUGGAUGUCACACAAGUUCCCCUAAAGCAAUUUAAAGGCAAGAAAAAGAACAUCAAAAUGAACAACAAAAUGCAAAAGAAAAAGAGGACUCCUCAAGGGGAGAAUGGCAACGUUAGCGAUGUGGAGGUGGUGGAGACUAAACCUGUUCUCACGCCACUAGAACCAAUGCUUCCCCCGACAUUCAGCCUUUCGGAAAUCAAGAAUAAACAGCGCCGACAUCAGAUGUUUAUGAAACUCAAACAGGACAAACGAAAGCAAAAGAUGCAAGUGAAGAAAACGAGAAAGAAGGAGAGGGAGGCUUUGGGUGACAAGGCACCACCAAAGGAAGUCCCUAAGACUAUAGAAAACCAGAGAGUGUACGACGAAACCACAGUUGACCCAGACGAUGAAGAGGUAGCCUUUGAUGAGGGAACGGAUGAAUUCUCUUCAUACUUCAACAAAUUGACUAACCCCAAAGUACUCAUCACAACAUCGGACAGACCCAGGGGGAGGACGGUUCGGUUCUGCGAGCAGCUGGCCACGGUGAUCCCGGACGCCCACGUUUACUACAGGAGAGGACUGGCCCUGAAGAGGGUCAUCCCCCAGUGUGUCUCCAGGGGCUUCACGUACCUCAUGGUCAUCAACGAGGACCGCAAAAUGCCCAACGGCUUGGUUCUCUGUCACCUCCCCGAUGGACCCACGGCCCACUUCAAAGUGAGCAGUGUACGGCUCCGCAAGGAAAUGAAGCGGCGAGGCAAAGAGCCGACUGAACACACCCCAGAGGUGAUCCUGAACAACUUCAGCACCCGCCUGGGUCACGGCAUCGGCCGCAUGUUCGCCGCCCUCUUCCCACACGACCCGCAGUUUGUGGGUCGGCAGGUCGCCACCUUCCACAACCAGAGAGACUUUGUGUUCUUCCGGUUUCACAGGUAUAUUUUCAAGAACGAGAAGAGGGCCGGCAUCCAAGAGCUGGGACCGCGCUUCACCCUCAAACUGCGCUCGCUACAGAAGGGCACCUUCGACUCGAAGUUCGGGGAGUACGAGUGGGUUCUCAAGCGUCAUGAGGUGGAUGCCUGCAGAAGGAAGUUCGUCCUCUGAAUGCGUAUCGACAAGCUGGCCUUUGUCACAAAGGCAGUCUCCGGUCUCCUAUUGAACUGCUCUUGCUGGGUGUUCAAGGGUGAACAAUGACCAUGUUAAUCCCAACCAGUAGUUAUGUAUUUUAACUUGUGAUGUCCUUCCUGGUCGAAUGUCCUUUGUAGGAUGGGAGUCAGGCUCUAUCAUUUUGUUUGGCAUGUCUCACCCUGUCAGUAAAUAGUCAACAGAAACAUGGGCAGUGUCCAUUUACACAAAUACAUGCAUCUUGUGGAUGGCAACUGCAGACGCAAGCAUGGUUUGCGUCAAAAUGGGGAAAUCAGAGGAGAUCUGGGCCCUUAGGCUUACUAGCCCAUACAUAGCUAAACUGUCUUGAGUCAUUUUUUUAAAUAACCUUGUAAAUAUGUUGUGCAAAAAAUAAAUUCUACAUACAGGGUU